UUUUUUUAUUAUUCAUAAGCCUCUUGGUUAGACAAAGCUCAACCUCUCUUGACCUCCAUUUUCUCUUCUCAUCUUUGUCUUUUUCUCUCUUUCCCCUUCAUCCGUCACUUACAUCUGUGCUGCACUGCACCCGCUUGGCCGCGUUUUUUUCCCUUUUUAUUUUUAUACUUUCAUUUCUCGCGCUAUAUACCCCACCCCUGCCCAUCCUCCUUCUCUGCCAUCACUUGUACAAACACACCAUUUCCAUCCUCCCCCAGCUCAUCUUUUGAAACGCUCAUCUCUUUCUUACGUUUUUUUCUCCUCCAUCUUCCUCCAUCCUUUCAUCUACCUUUCUUUCUCUUUUCUUCUGUUUCUUCGAAAAAGAAUAUUUAUUCUCAUCGCAGGCGUAACUGAAAUAAAUAAAGCAUGGCAACAGCAACACUGGCGUCCUUGAUGGAAGGCGCUCAGCGUGAAGACCCACGUGCGCAGUAUCUACUUGGCAAGUACUAUGAAGAAGGUCAGGAGGGAUCCCAGAAAAAUCCAGGUCAAGCUCUACAAUGGUAUACAAAGGCUGCCUACAAUGGCGAAAACGAUGCCCUCUUCCGAGCAGGCUAUUGUUAUGAAAAUGGUAUUGGUACAGCCGUCAAUCUCAAAGGAGCAGAAGAUUGGUACCUUGCAGCUGCGAACAAGGGACAUCUUGAGGCACAAUUUCAUCUUGCAGAACUCUAUAGCCGUGGAGGGCCUGGAGUGGCCAAGAAUUCCAAAGCAGCAUUUGAUCUGUAUCUAAAGGCGGCCUAUGCAAGUCAUACAGCCUCGACACGAAGAGUUGGGGAAUGUUUGAUGCGAGGAGAAGGUUGUCAAGCCACUGCAGAGGGUGCUUCCAUGUGGCUCGAAACCGCUGCUAAGAAUGGAGAUGCAAAAUCAACAAUUCGUUUAGCAGAACUUUAUACGACAGGUGUAGGAGCCGAGUUUCCACCAGAUGCAGAAAAGGCCUUUGGAUGGUGGAUGACGGCUGCAACGGCUGUGGAAGGUUCAAUUGAUGUGAUUGACAAGUCCUUAGCACAGUUCAAGGUCGCAGAUUGUUUAUUGAAUGGCAAAGGGACAGAAGCGAACCAGCAAGUGGGGAUGCAGUGGUUGAUUCAAUCUGCACAGGAGGGUCACCCAGAGGCAAUGCAUGUCUAUGCAAAGAUUCUGAACAACCCAUUAUCACCCGAUGUCCCCAAGGAUACUGUUCAAGCAAUGGAAUGGCUCGAAAGGGCUGCAACAGCAGGAUGGCCAGAAUCGCUGUUGAGCUUAGGAAAUGCACAUCAGUAUGGAAUGUAUGGUAAAGCCAUUGAUUUUGAUCAAGCAUUUUAUUUUUAUGAAAAGUCUGCCGAGAAGGGCAAUGGAAAGGCAAUGGCGACAUUAGGCAACAUGUAUUCACAAGGAUUGGGAACGACAAAGUCACCAGAAAAGGCAUUCGAGUGGUGGCUCAAAGCUGCACAGCUUGGGGUGCCAGUAGCUCAGAACGAGAUUGGAUACUGCUACAGGGAUGGCUGGGGUACAAAUCAGAAUCUGAAGGGAGCAGUCGAAUGGUUCACAGCUGCAGCCAACAAUGGACAUGCAGACGCAUGUUGUGCUCUUGCAUUAUCAUACAUCAAUGGACGAGGAGUGCAGGCUAAUAUGGAGAUGGCGUUUGAAUGGUUCAACAAGGGAGCAGAGCUGGGAUCUGGCAAGGCCAUGUACAAUCUUGGUAUGAUGUAUAAGAAGGGUGAUUUCGUGCAAAAGGAUGACAAGAAAAAGUUUGCAUGGUAUGAAAACGCACUCCGGAAUAACUAUGAAGAGGCAGCUUAUGACUUGGGAGUAUGCUAUCUUAACGGCGAAAGUGGAUCCAAGGACCCUGUGAAGGCACGGGAGCUAUUUGUAAGAGCUCAUAACAAUGCCAGCUCUGCAGAGGCAUGCAUUAACCUUGCGGCUAUGGCGGUGAACGAGAGAAAUGACUGGGCUGAAGCUUUUGAAUGGCAGAUGGCGGCAGCAAGUAAAGGCCAUGCUAUUGGAAUGCGUCGUGUAGCUAUCAUGUAUAAGGAAGGCAAGGGCGUCAGCGUUAAUCCCAAGGAGUCAUUCUCGUGGUUCUUGCGAGCAGCACAAGCUGGGGAUGUCCCCUCGAUGGGUCAUCUUGCUAAUUGUUACAAGACUGGGUUUGGAACGGAAAAGAGCCCGGAAAAUGCAACGACGUGGGAGAUCAAGGCAAUGCAGGGUCAAGUGGUUGCACAGGGAGCCAAUUUCAAGUAAUGAUUUAUAUUCUUUUUUAU